GGAGGCAAAUGUUUGUCAUAAAUGGUAACGUUUUGUGUGAAUGACUUCACAAUUGAUAUAUCAAUACAUUAUUGUUUGGCAAUAAUAGUGUGAAUCGGUUCCCAAUAAGUGAUGUCAGCCUUUGUUGAACCACCGAAGCGAUGGUCACACAUAAGCAAAGUAACCGAAAGAAUGGGACCGUUUGUUGUCGACGGGUUUGUGGCCUCACCUCAAGUGCUUGAAAUGGUCAGAGAAGUGAGAGUACUGGUCAUCGGCGCCGGCGGUCUCGGGUGUGAACUGUUGAAAGACUUGGCACUCAUGGGAUUCAAGAAUAUCGAUGUCAUAGACAUGGAUACCAUAGAUCUCUCUAAUCUUAACCGACAGUUCCUGUUCCGUACCAAAGAUAUCGGCCAACCGAAAGCCUUAGUGGCGGCCAAAGCUAUUAUGGAGCGCAUCAGUGGCUGUAAUAUCAUUGCACAUCACAAACAAAUACAAGACUUCGAUGAAGACUUUUAUCGUCAAUUUCAAGUGAUUGUCUGUGGAUUGGACUCUAUAGUCGCCCGCCGAUGGAUUAAUUCUAUGGUCUAUAGUUUGAUUCAAUUUAAUGAAGAGACCGGCGAUGUUGAGGCCACUGUUCCACUCAUCGAUGGCGGCACUGAAGGCUUCAAAGGCAACGCCAGAGUUAUUCUUCCCGGUUAUGGCACACCUUGUAUUGAAUGCACAUUAGAUUUGUUUCCACCGCAAGUCAAUUACCCGCUCUGUACUAUAGCUCACACACCGAGACUUCCAGAACACUGUAUUGAAUACGUGAAAGUAUUGUUGUGGCCAAAGGAGCAACCAUUUGGUGAUGGAGUGGCCAUCGAUGGAGACGAUCCAAAUCAUUUGCAGUGGAUCUUUGAUAAAUCACUAGAAAGGGCUCAAGAGUUUAACAUUGAAGGUGUUAACUAUCGUCUAACACAGGGUGUAAUCAAACACAUUAUCCCAGCCGUGGCCUCGACUAAUGCCGUGAUAGCGGCCGCGUGCGCUACCGAAGCAUUUAAAAUAGUGACCUCAUGUGCACCACAUAUGAAAAAUAAUAUGAUUUUUAAUGAUACGGAUGGCAUAUAUACUUACACUUAUGAGGCCGAGAAAAAAGAUGACUGUCUUGUGUGCAGUAAUGUCACGAAACAACUAUCACUCAAACCGAGUGACAAACUGGAAGAUGUUAUACAAGUGCUUAUCGAUGACUAUCAUAUGAGAGAACCGGGAAUCGUUACCAUCACUAAUGAAGGAAAGACAAAAACAUUGUAUAUGAGAAACGUUAAGGCAAUCGAAGAAUUGACAAGAAGUAACCUCAAGAAAUCAUUACAAGAAUUGUCAUUAAGUGAUGGACAACAACUCAUUGUCGCCGACGUUACGGCUGUUAAUUCAAAGACUUUUACUAUAAAAUACAACUAAAAACUACAAAUAUUUAUGUAUUUUAAGGUAAAUUUUUCCGAUAAAUGUAAUGAAUUAAUAACAAGUGAUAUAUUAAUAUUAAU